UGGCUGGAAGCGCACAGACCGAGCAGGCUUGGAACUCCAGCAGCGCGGAUCUGCUCGCGCGCACCUCCACUUCGAUGUCUGUGAUUCAAGCUCCUCACCAUCCUUUUCCCACUGUGGAUGUUCCAGACCAUGCCCACUAUAUUGUUGGCACUGUUAUCUUAAUCAUUGGCAUCAUUGGCAUGGUGGGCAACUGUCUGGUUAUGUAUGCCUUCUGCAAGAGUCAGAGUCUAAGAACACCAGCCAACAUGUUCAUUAUUAAUCUGGCCAUAACUGACUUCAUGAUGUGUGUCACUCAGACACCCACCUUCUUCAUAACCAGCAUGCACAGGAGAUGGAUCUUUGGAGAGAAAGGCUGUGAGUUGUAUGCAUUUUGUGGUGCACUCUUUGGGAUAUGCUCUAUGAUCACACUGGUGGUCAUAGCUGUGGAUAGAUAUUUUGUUAUCACUCGUCCUCUGGCCUCCAUCGGCAAGAUGUCCCACAAGCGUGCCCUUAUCAUUCUCGUCCUAGCCUGGCUAUACACGUUGAUCUGGAGCCUUCCUCCUUUUUUUGGAUGGAGUGCAUAUGUUCCUGAGGGCUUGAUGACCUCCUGCACCUGGGACUAUAUGACAUUUACUCCAUCUGUUCGUGCCUACACAAUGCUACUCUUUGUUUGCGUCUUCUUCAUCCCUCUGUUUAUCAUCAUGUACUGCUAUUUCUGCAUCUUCCGUGCUAUUCGCAACACCACCAGUGCUGUGGGUAAAAUCAGUGAGGAAGGAGGAAUCACAAAAGACUCCAUCAAAAAGUUUCAUCGAUUAAAGAGUGAAUGGAAGAUGGCGAAGGUGGCUCUUAUUGUCAUCCUGUUGUAUGUGAUCUCCUGGUCUCCAUAUUCAUGUGUGGCUCUGACAGCGUUUGCAGGUUACGCUGACAUGCUCACCCCGUACAUGAACUCUGUUCCUGCUGUGAUUGCCAAGGCUUCAGCUAUCCACAACCCCAUCAUUUACGCCAUCACACAUCCAAAAUACAGAUCUGCUUUAGCGCGGUAUAUUCCUUGUCUGGGUGUGCUACUCUGUGUUCCUCAUAGAGAACGCUUGACCAGCAGCAGUUUCAUGUCCACACGCCGCUCGACUAUGCACAGCCAUGCUUCAGAAAUUGGCGGCAACGCGUGUCAAAACAACAGGACUCGAUUGUCCUCAGUGUCCGACAGCGAGUCUGCUUUGACGGACACAGAGGUGGAUGUGGCGGGUGCGCUUUCCCGUCAGGUGUCAUACAACAGCCAUAAGGAGCUGUCAGAAUUUAACCACGGCAACUCUCUAAAGGUGAAGGUGAGAGGUCGAGACUCGGGAAGCUUCAAUAGGAGUCCUGUUGAUACAGGGUUAAACCUCACCGGCUAUGCUUAUAUCAGUAAUGUGUUGGAUGAGGAUAACAUCUCCAUGAUGGAGUCUGUCCAGUCUAAUCAUCUGCUCUCCACUCCAUGUGUGAUCUCAGAGCAGGCUGGGCAUAAUAAGAAGACGGCACCUAUUCCCUCCAUUGUUGUAACCUCCGAGUCCCAUCCUGCACUCCUGUAUGAUGGAAUCGACAGCCACUCUUCCAAAGGCCUCCACAGCCUUUCUCCAGUGGCCUCUGUCAGCAUGGAACCUUUUGUGGUGGACCAAGUGAGCACUUCACCGUAUGGCAAUCCUACUGCCAAAAAUACCAUCCCUCAGCAUAGAAUCUGAGAAGUUA